AUGCCUCUUUCGCUUCAUAAUGCUAAUGCCGCCAUUCAGUAUCAAUUAGACAAUCUGAAAUGGCUCACCAUCAACCGCCAUCAGAUCUUGGACUCUGGGUUGGGGCUGGCUUCUCAACUGUCGGAGAGUUUUGAGGACCCCGUGCAAGUUGUUAGUGAUAUCACUGUCAACGAAGAGCAAAUAAGAACACCUUGUUUUGAAUUAUUAAUCUGGAUGUCAAAAGGAGGCGAGCUUUGGCUCGUUUAUUAG